AGUGUUAUGAUGCAGCUCCACAACACACAGCCACAUUCACCCACAGACCGAAGCUCGGAACGAGAGACAACCUCUGGCCCCCCAGCAGAUGGUCAACUUUGCAGCCCCUCAUCUUGAACCCCCUAACUAUCCUCCCCAACCCCCAUCCCCUUCCCAAUUGAAGGAGCAGAAAGAGAAGAGAGAAGAGUGAGCAGAGAGGUUGAGAGAGAGAGAGAGAGAGAGAGAUAGACGGAGAUCUCUGGAGCAGACCUCAAGGUGACUUCCAUUUCUGUCUGGUUCUCGUCUGGGGGGGCCCUGGCCGGGCAGCCCCCCCACAUUUCUCCUGCCCUGAAACACGGCUCUAGCCAACCUGCUCCGCUGCUUCACCUGCGAUCGUCUGUGUGGGGGCUGCACAGCACCAGCCCCUCCAGCCCGCCAGGGCAUCGUCCUCCAGCCCGUCAUGCCCAGUUGUGACCCUGGCCCGGGCCCUGCCUGCCUCCCCGCCAAGACUUUCCGCAGCUACCUGCCCCGCUGCCACCGCACUUACAGCUGCGUCCACUGCCGUGCGCACCUGGCUAAACAUGAUGAGCUUAUUUCCAAGUCCUUCCAAGGAAGCCAUGGCCGAGCCUACCUGUUUAACUCCGUGGUCAACGUGGGCUGUGGGCCAGCCGAACAGCGCCUCCUGCUCACGGGGCUCCACUCGGUAGCUGAUAUUUUCUGUGAGAGCUGCAAAACCACGCUGGGUUGGAAAUAUGAACAAGCUUUUGAGACGAGCCAGAAGUACAAGGAAGGGAAGUACAUCAUUGAAAUGUCACACAUGGUGAAGGACAACGGCUGGGACUGAGGGGCUCAGGCAGGCUGUGCCCUUCCUCCGCAUGCCCCAUCCUACCCCACACAUGCCCCCUGGCCCUGCCAAGCAGUCUAUACCAGCAUGAGUACUGCCCACCCCUGGGGGAAACCCGGCUCCAACCAACCACUCCCCUGCCCUCACCUCAUCACUACCAGGCCCCUUUUGGAACAGGGGCCUGGGGUACCCCAGGGGUGUUCAAGGCUCAGGAGUGGGCAGCAGUCAGGGAGAGACAGACAGGGUAAAAGGGGUGGCUGUAGGACCCCAAGGUCCUGAAAAUUGAAGCAAUGGCAGGGCGUAGACUCAGGCAGAGAGGACUGUGGGAGGAGUCAGUUUUUGCCCCACCUCUUCUUGAUCGAACAGAGGACAACCUUGGGUCACAGGGCUGGUAGAACUCAGGCCACAGGAGAAUAGCAGAUGAGGAAAGGCUUGGGUUGGAAUGGCAUUUUGGCCUCAGACAUCAGGAGGGACCAGACUCUCUGAAGGGAAACAGUUUCCCACCCCCAGUCACAGGAGAAGGGACUCAGGGGUGGAAGGAAAAACCCAAAUCCCAGACCCUGGGAAAACAUAAAGGAUCAGAGGGGUUUCCAUUUCACUCUACUUGUUAGUUUAUCUUGGCACUGAAGAGGCACUUUGGAGUAGCUAACCUUUGCCGUGGGGUAGGGUGGGGUGGCGUGGGGUAAGCUGUCCCUGGAACAGUGCCCACUCCCAUCCGCAGCUGGCUGUUCCCAGAGUGAGCAGUCUUUGUGGGCAUUCUCCGAGGCCCAGCCACUGCUUCUCGGGACCCAGUUCCCUGAAGGGGAGGUGGGAAAUCAGUGCUACGGGGCCGGUCUUUCCCGUGGCUGCCACCAGCGAACGAAACUUUUGUAUGAUACAUAAAGUGUUUGGGUCUAUUUUUAAUAAAAAGGGGAAAAGCAACU